GCGAGGCGCGGGCUGUGGGGCCGUCGCGUGCCCGGCCCCGCUCGCCCGUGCCCGCCGCGCGCCCGCCAUGCCUGGCUUCGACUACAAGUUCCUGGAGAAGCCCAAGCGGCGGCUGCUGUGCCCGCUGUGCGGGAAGCCCAUGCGCGAGCCUGUGCAGGUCUCUACCUGCGGCCACCGCUUCUGCGACACCUGCCUGCAGGAGUUCCUCAGUGAAGGAGUCUUCAAAUGCCCUGAGGACCAACUUCCUUUGGACUAUGCCAAGAUCUACCCAGACCCGGAGCUGGAGGUGCAGGUGCUGAGCCUGGCGAUCCGCUGCAUCCACAGUGAGGAGGGCUGCCGCUGGAGCGGGCCGCUCCGGCACCUGCAGAGUCACCUGAAUACAUGCAGCUUCAAUGUCAUCCCCUGCCCCAAUCGCUGCCCCACCAAGCUGAGCCGCCGGGAUCUGCCGGCACACUUGCAACACGACUGCCCCAAGCGGCGCCUCAAGUGCGAGUUCUGUGGUUGUGACUUCAGCGGGGAGGCCUUUGAGAGCCACGAGGGCGUGUGCCCCCAAGAGAGCGUGUACUGUGAGAACAAGUGUGGUGCCCGCAUGAUGCGGCGCCUGCUGGCCCAGCACGCUGCCUCUGAGUGCCCCAAGCGCACCCAGCCUUGUACCUACUGCACCAAGGAGUUCGUCUUUGACACAAUCCAGAGCCACCAGUACCAGUGCCCGAGGUUGCCUGUGCCCUGCCCCAACCAGUGUGGUGUGGGCACGGUGGCUCGGGAGGACCUGCCUGGCCAUCUGAAGGAGAGCUGUAGCACCGCCCUGGUGCUGUGUCCCUUCAAGGACUCCGGCUGCAAACACAGGUGUCCUAAGCUGGCGAUGGCACGGCAUGUGGAGGAGAGUGUGAAGCCACACCUGGCCAUGAUGUGUGCCCUGGUGAGCCGGCAGCGGCAGGAGCUGCAGGAGAUGCGGCGGGAGCUGGAGGAGCUGUCGGUGGGCAGUGACGGCGUGCUCAUCUGGAAGAUAGGCAGCUAUGGACGGCGGCUUCAGGAAGCCAAAGCUAAGCCCAACCUCGAGUGCUUCAGCCCGGCCUUCUACACACACAAGUACGGCUACAAGUUGCAGGUCUCUGCGUUCCUCAAUGGCAACGGCAGCGGCGAGGGGACUCACCUCUCGCUCUACAUUCGCGUGCUGCCAGGUGCCUUUGACAAUCUCCUGGAGUGGCCAUUUGCCCGCCGUGUCACCUUCUCCCUGCUGGAUCAGAGCGACCCUGGGCUGGCUAAGCCACAGCAUGUCACGGAGACCUUUCACCCUGACCCAAACUGGAAGAAUUUUCAAAAACCGGGUACUUGGCGGGGCUCCCUGGAUGAGAGUUCUCUGGGCUUUGGUUAUCCCAAGUUCAUUUCCCACCAGGAUAUCCGCAAGCGAAACUAUGUGCGGGAUGAUGCCGUCUUCAUCCGUGCCUCUGUUGAACUGCCCCGCAAGAUCCUCAGCUGAGUGCAGACAGGGCUCCAGGAGAAAGGGAGGAUGGAAUGUGACCUCAGUCGGGAACUGGCUGAACCUGGAGAGGGGGCCGGACCCCCUUUCAGCCUCUUUUGCUGCCUAGGUUCUGUUCCUCCGUUCCCCCUCCCCCCCUUCCCUCCUACCCUCAGGUGCCUCCUAUUGGUGCUUCAGCCCUGGCCCCUGGGUGGAGCAGGUCUUGGGGUCACCAAGGGCUUGGAAACAAGUGAUCCCAGGGUCUGUCUCCUCUCCUGGGCAGGGAAGACAUGCCUUGGUGCCGGCCACACUCUACCCGGGACUGAGGUACCUGCUGGUGCUAUGUCCCAAGAGCCAUAGUGGGGGGUGGGAGUUGGGAAAGUGAGGGGUAGUUCAAAGAAUCUGUCUUGAUGAGAUCUGAUUUCUCUUCCCCUUUCCCCAGCUGUGCCCUCUCCGGUUAUUUAUUUACUUAGUGCCAGGAGAGCACGGCGGGGGAGCCCUGGUUUUUAAUAAAUCCUGAAUUGUAUUUAUUAA